AUGCAAACGGGAUUGUCACUUGUGCAAAAAAUCCUUCAAAAAACGCCAAUCAGCAACUCGUGUGAUCAUUGUCAAAAGAAAACAAUUUAUGCCGAUUGUCCUAUAUGUUUAGAGUCUGUUUUGCUCACAAAUUUAUACAGACAUCGUUGCGAAUACAUUAAAUCAGUGAAAAUUUGUGAUAAUAACGCCCUGCUCACAGAUCCAAACACAACUAACCCAAUAACUAUCAUUAAGGAACAAAAUGGAAUCGGUGAAGUGUUCGGUAAUAUUACCGAUAACAUUAAAAACUUGGCCAAAGUUGAGGCAAACAAUGCAGCUCAAAGGUAUUUGGAUGAAUUUUUCGAACUUGGUGGAACAAUGUCUCACUUGAUGACGCAUGAACAUGUAAAAGAGAGUUUACGAGAGCAUUCAAAAACUAUAUUUCAAAGAGGAUACCGAUCUGGUAUAAAAGGACUGUUAAAAAAGCUUAAAAAACGAAUAACAACAAGCAGUCAUUUGUUAGAAGGUACGAAUUUAUCUGAUAACCAAAUAAGAACGCUUCAACGUUUACUGUUUGAGGAAAACAAUGAAGAAAUCGAAAAACGAAAAUGCUGCAAAAGCAUAGCAAAGAAUUUACAUUCUGCAGUGCAAGCAAAUAGAGAGCAAUUAGUUCUCAAAUUAUUAGGUUUUUGUGUAAAUACACUCAACAGAUCUAAAAGAGAGAUAGAACAUUCCAUAUCAGAUCCUAAUUUAUUUUAUGACGUGAGCAAUGGUAAUAUUCAGACGUACAUAAAUCGUAAGGAUGAACUCGAACGUCAUUUUAAGAACUUUGAUUAUUUAUGGGGUAAAAUCGGGAAGCAACUCUUUUCUAUAAUGGACAUGACAGUUCAUUCCACCACAAUCGCUCAAAAUUUAAAAGAAUUACUCCGACAGAAAAUAGGGGAAAGUAUUUUUAACUUACCCAGCAACAUUAUUACUGUGGGGUUCAAUGGAGAGAAGCUGAAUUUUCAAAUUUUCAUCACCAAAAUUAAGGGUGAUGCUCCUUUCUUACAAAAACUGCUGGGAAAUGCUCUUGUACAAGAGAGAAGUGAACAACAAAGAUAUUUUACGUUUUUAGAUCAAUACCUAUAA